CGAAAAUUGUUUAUAUCCGAAAGAUGAAUUGAUGUUUGAACGCAUAAUUAUUUCUUAUAAAUUUGAAACGUCUUAAAGAACCGUUUAAAGGAAAUGGUUAAGAUUAGGAAAAUGUCAAUUGAUACACGUUUAUUUAAACGAAUAUCUGAUUGAUUUACUUCUUGUGCAUUUGACGCUAUUCUAGUUUCUGAAUAAAGAAGAUAUUAUUAGACCUAAUUCAAAACAGGAACUGAGCUUAGUGCCGUGAAAUAGAUAAGCAUCUUACCAUCGGUCAAAAUCAGUACCGUAAUGCGGGAGAAUAAUCACGAAAAUACAUGUUAGGUGAUUCCAAGAAAAACUUUAUCGAUCUUGUGUGUGAUAUUUAUAAUUCCAUAUCUCCAUCAGACUUCCGAUAAAUUAAAUCAAAGAAACACUCUCUUUUACUAUAAGGAAUCGCGUACUUGAGUUCGUUACAUUGCUUUGAAACAUGGAGAGCUGUGCAGAAAAUUCUAUUUCGUCUACUGGUGUAAAUGCAUCGUCAGAGACCGAAUAUUCCAUUGUUGAAAACAAAAUAGAAGAUUCCAACAAUUCUGUUUAUGAUUGUGAAAAGUCUGACACCAGUAAUGUUGACGCGAAUCUAUCCUUGGAUUCAAAAUCUCCAAAUGCCUCUGAAGUGUCUGACUCUAGUAAUGUGGACGCGAAUGCAUCCCCUGAUUCAGAAUCUCAAAAUGCCUCUGAAGUGUCUGACUCCUCAGAAAAAGAAGGAAAUGUUCUUGAAAUGAUUGAUAUAACUCCUGAAAAUUCUGCUGGGGUUAUGAAACAAGUAAUUAAACCAGGUGAAGGAGAUGAAUUUCCAGGAUUUGGUGAUAGAGUUUAUGUUCAUUAUACUGGGUGGCUAUUGAAUAAAGAAAAUAAAAUGUUUGAUAGCAACCGUAAAGAUGACAAACUUGAAUUCAACUUGGGGAGAGGAGUGGUAAUUAAAGGAUGGGACUUGGCAGUUUCUACCAUGAAAAAAGGUGAAGUUGCAUUGUUUAUUAUUCAACCACAGUAUGCUUAUGGAGAUGCGGGAUAUCCACCUGCGAUUCCUGCUCAUACACCUCUUCUAUUUGAGAUUGAACUCUACGAAUGGAAGCUGGAUGAUAUCAGUCCAAAGAAAGAUGGUAGUAUUCUGCGAAAAGUUAUUGAUAAAGGAGAAGGCAAUACAAGUCCAAAUGAAGGUUCUGAAGUUAAAGUCAAACUAGUUGGUUCUUUUGAAGAUCGAAUUUUCGAAGAAUGUGAAAAAGAGUUUAUUCUGGGUGAAGGUUGCUCUGUCAAUGUUAUUGAAGGAAUUGAACAUGCUUUAUAUAAAUUUCGUUUGAAUGAAACGUCCUUAAUUUAUGUGAAAAGCAAAUAUGGAUUUGAAAAAGGAUCAGAAGAGUUUAAUAUUCCUCCAGAUGCCACUAUUACUUAUAAAGUGACUCUUCUCAGCUUUGCAAAGGCAAAGGAGGUAUGGGAAAUGAAUACUGAUGAGAAAUUUGAAAAAUCAAAAGUUGCAAAAUACAAGGCUAUUGAAUUUCUGAAGGCUGGGAAAUGUAAAGCGGCUUUGAGGCAAUUUAGAUGGAUUCUUGCAUGUUUAGAAAAAGAACCUGGUGUACCACCUGAAUCUCAAAAAGAUCGUAAAGAUCUAUUACUUUCUGCAUAUUUGAAUAUUUCUCUUUGUCUUCUAAAAAUGGAGAAUUAUGUUGAUGCCAUUAAAUUUUGCGAUAAAGCACUUGAAAUGGAUCCUGAAAAUGAAAAGGCUCUCUAUAGAAGGGGUCAGGCCAAAAUGUUCUUCAAUGAUUGUGAAGAAGCUUUAGAAGAUUUCAAAAAUGUGCAGCUUCUAUAUCCUGAAAAUAAAGCUGCAAUUCAUGCCACUUUCAUCUGUCAAGAAAAAAUUAAAAAGCAAAAAAAGAAAGAUAAAACUGUCUAUAAUAAAAUGUUUGAACUCUUUAUGAAACAAGAUGAGGAGAGAAUGAAAAACAUGAAAACUGAAACAGGUGUUUGGGAAGGUGAAGCAGAAACGGCGGAACAAGCAGCGGCGUACAAAAGUGAAACUCAGAGAUUGAUAGAAAGAAAUAAUAACUUCCUGAGGGAUGCAAAUGUUAUUGAGAUCUCCAACACAGUUACCAAUUUCUAAUUUGUGCAUUUUUUUAAAGAAAUUUCUAAGUGUUGCUUGAAAGAAAUUAUAACUUUUUGAUGGAAAUGAGGUUAAAACUUUCCAGACGAUCAUCAAGAGUAUAUAAUUUUUUUUAAAUAAAAUACUUGGUUUAAAAGUU